AUGGAUCCAAUCGCCAACCCUGUUGUCCAGAUGCAGGACAUUCCGACCACGAGCGACGGAAGACCCUAUGCUUAUGAGGAGCCUGAUGAGAUUUGGGAUGGAUUGAGGAGGACGGUGUCGAAGAUGACGGGUCGAUCGAAGGCGGGCAGCGAGGCGAAACAGUCUGCGCAUCACGAGAUGGAAGUUAGAUCGCAUGGGCGCACACGGUCGCAUCGGACGCAACCCAUCGACGAGCUAGACGAAGAGCCUGGGAUACCCGUUGUGGACGCCGAAGACGAUUUCCCCGAAGGUGGGCUGCGCGCGUGGCUCGUUGUCGCAUCGGCAUGGUUGAUGCUGUUCCCUUCUUUCGGCUUCAUGGUGUCUAUUGGCACGCUUCAGGACUACUGGGGUCAGAACCAACUUUCGUAUAUGUCGGCACGUGACAUCGGAUGGAUCCCGUCGGUCUUUGUCUACCUGUCACUUGCGCUGGGCAUCUGGGUGGGACCGCUCUUCGAUCGGUAUGGGCCGCGAUGGAUCGCUUUGACAGGGAGUGUAAUGUUCCUCCUGAUGAUCUUCCUGCUUGCUGAAUGCGACAAGUUCUGGCAGAUGAUCCUCUGUUGUGGCGUCCUGGGAGGGUUUUCCGGCGCCAUGCUGACGACUACGAGUCUCGCAGUAGUUGCGCAUUGGUUCAAGGAGCGACGGGGUCUUACGCAAGGCAUCGCUAUGAUGGGUAGCUCCGCUGGUGGCCUGACGAUUCCGUUGGUCCUGCGAACUACUCUUCCGAAGUACGGCUAUGCAUGGUCGCUCCGGAUACUGGGCUUCGUUUUCCUCUUCUGCUUCAUCAUCGCCAACAUCCUGAUGAAAGCUCGCAUCCCGCCGUCUGCCGCCGCAAAGAAGAAAGCCAUCAUCUCACUCUCUAUCUAUGGCGAUCUGAGGUUGAGCUUAUUCACGUUGAGUGUCUUCGGGUUCGAGGUCGUUCUCUUUGGUGGACUGGGUAUCAUGCCUACUUACGCAACGCUGAGUACAAACUUCCCACCUGAUACUGGCUUCUACCUCAUCGCGGUACUCAACGGUGUCUCCUGCCUCGGCCGAUUGCUACCCGGGUAUGCCGCGGAUAAGAUUGGUCGAUUCAACACUCUAUUCAUCAUGAUCGUCUUCACGUUGCUCUGGAUGCUAGCUCUGUGGUUGCCGCUUGGUACAACAUCUCUCCCGGCACUGUACGCUUUCGCAGCGCUCUUCGGUUUCGGAACAGGAUCCUGGAUGGCGCUGACACCCGCAUGCGUAGGACAGCUUUGCAGGGCAGAGGAAUUUGGUCGAUACUAUGGAAGCAUGUACUUCAUUGCGUCCCUCGCGACGCUGGUCUGCAUUCCAAUCAGUGGAGAGCUUGUUGAAACAGUUGGACCCCAGCCAAUGGUAGCCUUCUUCUGCGCGAUCCUCGGUUUGAGUCUGAUCAGUUUCUUGUUCAGUCGGUGGGCAUGUUUGGGAAGGCGUUGGACGCUGAAAGUAAAGGUUUGA